GUGUAGAAGCUGAUUGGCUGGUUGUUUUAGACGCUCACUUCAUGAACAAAGUAUCUCAGGAUUGCUCUUCAGUUGGGACAGUCACAGAGAGAGACCAUGUCACCGCCGAAGGUCUUGAGUUUUCAUCUCAUAUUGAUGCUGUCUGCAUUCACUGGAGCAGCUGAUGGAUACUACCAUUCUUCGUGGGCAGAAUGCAUCUACAGCUCCCCUGAUCUCAGUGACAUGGUGUACAUUGAUAACUAUAUCUUCAAUAAAGAUAUUGUUGUACAGUUCAACAGCACUGUGGGGGAGUACGUGGGAUACACUGAACUUGGAGUAAAGAGUGCACGAGCAUGGAACAGUGAUGGCAACAUUCUGCAGCAAGAGAGAGCUGAGGUGGAGAGAUUCUGUAAACAUAAUGCUCAAAUCAGACAGAGCGCUAUCACUGAUAAAACAGUCGCACCAAAGGUUAAACUCAGUUCAGUAAAGCUGGCCAGUGGUGGACAUCCAGCUGUGUUGAUGUGCAGCGCUUACCGCUUCUACCCACAUGGGAUCAAAGUGACCUGGUUGAAAGACAACACACCUGUGAAGUCUGAUGUGACCUCAACUGAAGAGCUGCCUAACGGGGACUGGUACUACCAGAUCCACUCCCACCUGGAGUACACCCCUAAAUCUGGAGAGAAGAUCUCCUGCAUGGUGGAUCACGCUGGGUUAAAAAAACCUCUCAUCGUAGACUGGGAUCCGUCUCUGCCUGAGUCUGAGAGGAAUAAAAUCGCCAUCGGAGCCUCUGGUCUGGUUCUGGGAGUCAUCAUCGCAGCCGCUGGACUCAUUUACUACAAGAAGAAAUCAGCAGGGAGAAUCCUGGUACCAACCUAAUGAUGGUACGACUAACUGGACUUGAUUCAUUGAUGGACAACUCCCUUAUCUUUUAUGUUUUACUUUUAAAAAUUAAAACCAUCUUAAAAAAACUAAAAACAAUAAUAACAAAUCUAAUAAAUGUGUUUGAUAUUUGUAGCUUUUUCUAAAAUUGCAAUAAUGACAUAAUGAACUGUAAAUUAUGGAGAUUAUAUAGAAUCAUGUAAAUUAUUCUUUCUGGCUUUUCUCCCCACUACAUAGUGCACAGAAUAAAACAGGUUCAUAAUAUUAGAAUAAGUCUGUAUUGAUAAAAUCUGGGCUCUGAGAAACUGUACUGUGAGACCUUUUUUGAAGGCUAUUUUCCUCUUCUUUAUUGUAAAAAAAUAUAAGAAGUGAAUUUGUGCAGUUUUACAUGCAAUAUGUUUGAUAGAAACAUAUUUUAAAUAUUAUUACUGCAUAAAGUUCUGAUUUUUCUUAUCAUUUAUUCUGACAGUGAUUCUUCUGCAUGGUUUAAUGACAUCAAAAUAUCCUCAACAAUGUCUUGUUCUUCAGAAACAACAUCUCCUUUCUUGGUUCUGUGCUGUAUAUUCUUUUGAACUAAAUAAACAAAUAAAUAUUUCUUUACAAAA